GCUAACGGGGAUGCUUCUCCCUCACCUCACGCGCGCGGCCCCUCACCUCCGCGCGGCGUCGACGGCGGCAACCCUUGCGGCGGCGCUGAAGGCGGGCGACGCGCUGCGGUCGCGCCGGCGGCGGUUCACGGAGGACGACGUGGCGGCGUACGCGGGGGUGAGCGGCGACCGCAACCCCGUCCACCUGGACGACGCCUUCGCGCGCGGGACGGGCGGGUUCCAGCGCGGCCGCGUGGUGCACGGCAUGCUCGUCGCCUCCCUCUUCCCCGCUCUCAUCGCCUCCCACUUCCCUGGGGCCGUGUACGCGAGCCAGUCCCUCAAGUUCGCGGCGCCGGUGUACGUCGGAGACGAGGUGGUCGCGCAGGUGCAGGCGCUACACAUCAAGGCCACCGGCGCAAGGCACAUCGUCAAGUUCGCCACCAAGUGCUUCAUGGACGAUGAGGAGACUCUGGUCAUCGACGGCGAGGCCAUGGCUUUUCUGCCCACACUGCAGCUCAUCGUGGAGGCAAUCAAGUGACAAGUAUGUUGAUUAGAUGCUAUGAUCGAUCAAUUUGGAAUAGGACUACUUUUAUCUCAUGAUGAACCAUUUUCACCUUCGUAUAACCUUCGGGCCUGGGGGACAUGACAUGAGAUUGCAGCUUUGUUGGUAA